GACGCGUUUCCGAACUUUCGAUCAUUUCCGGUGCUCAAACUCAAACCCUGCACGCUCUUUGCACGCCUUCAACUCCCUGAUCUUCACAUGAGAUGACUGAGAAACGCCAAAGCAGAGUUACACGAAGCACGCGUGCAAAGCAGGCAUCCGCUCAGAAGACUCUGCACGAUUUGUUCCAGAAGGAUGAUGAAACGAAACAUUCGGAAGAAGAUUCGAAGGAACUGGAUGGAGCCAAUGCGUCAUCUUCGAUACAUCCAGUAGACAUUAUAGUCAUUGAUGACGAACCAACCCCACCACGUCCUAAGGCACCCCGCAGAGCUAUACGGGAUUCUGUCCGUCAAAAUCACAUCCAAGCGGUAAAAUUGUUUCCUAUUUUCGGGACCCCAUCCACAACACCCAUGCAGUCUGCUCACUCAAAUUCUACAACUGCGAGUAGAGACACCGGUGGAGAUAUUCUUAUCGAAGUAUCUGAGGAUGAACAUCCACCGUCAUCUCAUCAAUGUUCUUCGUCACCUCCAGAAAUGAAUUCCCUUCACCCAUCACCAUCAAUCACCGUUUUAUCAUGUAUCGAGGACAUAGACGUGCCAAAUAACAGGUACAACAUAUCCCUGGUACAAGCUACUGCACCAACAAGUCGUAUAUACGUUCCAGGAGAUGUCCAUCCUCCGGUAAAGCGACAGGUGCUCCUAGGUGAUAUGACACCGGAUGCGCCAUAUCCAAAUAAGGAGACGCAACAUGUUCGUGGACCGCAAAAUACCUUUAGUCCGAGUUCGGAACCGCCGAAACGUCACAAACGCAAUCCGCCAGAUACCACAGACGAUGUGUCUUUAGGUUUCCUUUCUUCUUUAUCGCAGGGAUACCAAGAUCCUCCUCUUCAACAGUCGAUUUUUCUCCGAAUCCCCUCGCAGUCUGAACGUGAAGAUUAUAUUGGUAUUGACGGGCCCCGUGAUGCCGCAUAUUAUCCCACAAUAUCUAGAUUUUUGGAUGGCGAGGAUUAUGCCAAUCGGACAGCUUCUGGGCCGCCCCAGCAAGAAAUAUGGACCACUCGCUUCCGCCCCAGGAAAGCGGAUGAAGUGCUAGGGAAUGAAUCGCGUGCGUUGUAUAUUCGAGAUUGGCUCAAAGCUCUCGAAAUUCGGCUGCAUGCUACAAACUCCCCUCCCGCGAAAAGUAGUGCAAGUGUCACAGGCAGGCGGAAGGUCAAGCCUGACCCCCCUGACAGGGCGCCCAAGCGACCUCGUGUCAUUCGAGCUGUGGCUAAAAAGAGAGGCAGGAAACGACGGAAGCUGGAUUCCGAGGACGAGUUAGAUGCUUUUAUUGCUUGCAGCGAGGACGAAGACGAUAUGAUCCUGGAUGCGCCAGAGGAAGAAACUGAUGCCAAUGAUUUUAAUUUUUGCCAGCGAACGCUUGCCCACCUCCAGCGAAAGGACCAUUUUCGGCUAUUAGAGCAACGUCCACCGACUUCAGAUAUUGGUAUCGACAAUAUCCCGACCAUUCCAAAUUACCAAUCCUCCGACGCUAAUUUUACCGAUACUCUAACGAACACACUUAUUAUAACUGGGCCUCCAGGGUGUGGGAAGAGCGCAGCAGUUUAUGCGUGUGCAGACGAGCUGGGGUGGGAAGUUUUCGAGGUCUAUCCUGGAAUUGGAAGACGCAGCGGCGCAAACCUCGAUAACCUCGUUGGAGACGUGGGUAAAAAUCACCUCAUCCAACAGACGAGGCCAAAAUACCGGACGGCAGCUGCACAGUGUGAUACAAGAGCGAGCGCUGCUCUUUCGACGUUUUUCCCUAAAACAGGAAAAGCCAACCCCAAACCCUCGCCAACAGACUCAGAUACCGAGCAUCCUAGUGAUGUUGACACACAUGUCCUCGUGGAUGCUGCCAGUGAGUCCCUGCAGGACACGGUGGAACCACCUGUAACCGUUGAUGAACGAGUUGGCUCAUCAAAAACAAAUGGACCGGCGAAACCGUCUGCCACGGCUCGGCAAUCACUCAUUCUCCUUGAAGAAGUCGAUAUAUUAUUCAAGGAAGACGCUGGCUUUUGGCCGGCAGUGGUAGACUUGAUCAAGGAGUGCCGCCGGCCCGUGAUCAUGACAUGCAAUGACAUUAAACUUGUCCCCGUCGCGGAUCUUCCUUUGCAAUCCGUUCUAACGUUCCAACCUUGCCCUUCCGAGCCCGCUGUCACGUUUUUGCAAUGCCUGUGUGCAACACAGGGAUACGCUAUCCCAAGAGAUAAGUUAACCCAGCUUUACGAAACCACGUACAUCGUGCAGAGUAUGGAUCUUCCAGACGCGCCGCUCAACCCCAGAACCGAACCACUACCACCACCGGAUCUCAGGCGAUCUAUUACCCAGUUGCAAUUGAUUUGUACUGACGCCACCCACGAAGCUAAGGUCCCUCAAGAAGCACAGGGGGCCGCUGAAAACAUUCCGUCACUCCCUAUGACAAUUUCCGCCCAAAGCAGUGCUGAUGUUUCUGAGACAUCGACGGAAGAGCUGUGGCGAUGGGUUUCCACUUACACGGAUUGUGUUUCCUAUACCGACAGCUAUCUCUGCAGGGCACCAUUAGAUGGACGUGAGGCCCUGUCAUACAACCUAUCUGAAUCUUUGCUUGACGAUGAAUUGGGACACGCCAUACUAAUCCGGCCGUCCCACGUCUCUGACACGAGAGAUGGACUUGCCUUCUAUCACAAUGAUGAGCUCAUUGUGCAGGACGCCAUCCACCUUUCACGUGGUAAACACGAGGUUUUGGGUGCUAUUCCGAUCACAACGUCGAUCAACCCCGCGGCUAGUGGUUCUAAUACUGACAUGGAAACAAGGCUCUUCCGAGCUCGCGUGGAGCAUCAAGCACAGAUGCUAACCGCAUUGCAGGAUAUCGUUCAACCACCCGCACCUCUCAUGCCCCAGAGCAGCGUGUACCUUGAUUACAUACCGUGGGUGAGAUUCAUGGUUAAUGUGGAUGAUAUUCUUGAGCGAUUAGCGUGGGAUGAGAUGGAGAAGGUGAAGUCUGGGAGAUUAACAAGGAAUAGUAUGAAGGCGAGACAUAUACGGACUAUUGAUUUAAGAGAGGAUCAACAUCAGGCGCUGAUUUGCCGUCUCUUAACUACUCUUCAACAUCCUAUUUACACAGGCAUAAUGCCUGCAUUUACAACGACUGCUACGAUCAAGCACGUCAAUCUCUUUUCUCAACCAAAGGAUAACACCGACGGCACCCCUGCACUGAAAGAUGUAUCCAGACAUUCCCCACUCAUUUCUCUUCCCCCUCUCGAUUAUUUACAACAGCAUCGUAGGGGCUCUAUCACAGAUCCAUCUCUACACGCUGCCUCGGCAAACUCGUCUGCAGCUUCCCGUCAUAUAGAUGGUAUUGAUUUUGCUUCCCGUGCUAUCAUCCAUGUCCGACCACGUCCAGCUGCCAACUACACUUUCGGUGAUGGCGGAGGCUCAAUGCACAAUUCCGAGUCUUCAAGUAAACAAAUGCGCAAGAUAUUGCGUUCCCCAUCUACAGAAUGGGAGCCUGCAAAGGGUAUUGCACCUCUACAGACAUCACUUCCUCCAAACGGGGGAACUAAAACCACCGAUCACAUGAACGUGGACAGCAGUAAUGAGAAACAAUCGCCCAGAGUUAAUACACGACAAGCAGACGACAGUGAUCACAGUUCACGAAGGCAAUCGAUUGCUAAUUCUUCGGAUUCCCAAAUGCCACACGGAACGAAACGAAAGACAUCUACUUACAGAGAAGCCGAUACAAGUGACGACACAGAUUCGCAACUGGUAGGACCUGGGGUACCUAGUCCCAUGAACAUCGAUUCAGAAGGACGCGCACAAAAACGGCGAGGAUCGACCAUUGAAAUGAGCAGGAUAGCCCAGCUGAGCAUAUAUGACCAGAGGCGACAUUCAGUGCAUUCUGGAGCGAUAGCGUCAAGAGCGGGCACAGGAGUAUCAGGAGGAAAUGGGCACUGGUGGUUGAAUGAGAGACGGGAUUCCUUACCACCGUCGUUCCCAAACGGGACCACUAGUGGCUACCCCUCGGCAUUAUCCGGCGAUCAGCCACAUGGUCGACCUGCUGCACCCUCGACGCCAGGCAGCAUGGCGACUUUCGCGUGGUCUGCAGCACAACACCCGGACGGUUCGCAAGAUCCUAAUAUACAGCACCACCCCCGUUCUUUCGAAACACAACCUAUGCAGAUGACCAUGAUGCCCCCGAUGACAUUCCCGCCAGACAGGCGGAUGUCAGUGCCAGAAAGCUCGACUUCUACAAUAGGACCGACAAGAAAUAUUCGUUCGCGGUCCCGACCUCCAUCGCGUCAAUUACGCGAAAAUAGCCAGACUGUCACUCCUGCUGUAGGGCCUGCGCCACCUGCGGAGGAGCCUUGUUCGGCUCCUUCUCCGUCAUCUAGCCUGAAACCGCCGAAGGAGCCGGGAUCUACACCUUACUCUCGUUCACCCGAGCUGCGAGUUUCGCAUAAGCUUGCCGAGCGAAAGCGACGGAAAGAAAUGAAAGACCUAUUUGAUGAGCUGCGGGACCAGCUACCCGCAGAUCGGGGCAUGAAGGCGAGUAAAUGGGAAAUACUUAGCAAAGCUAUCGACUUUGUUACCAAUUUGAAACAAAGUCACCAAGACAUGGUUCGUGAGAUCGAGAUGCUGAGACACGAGCUGGAAAGCAUGAGACAAGGCAUACCAUCUUUUGGUCCAGGAGCACCACCCCACGCUAUGGUGUAUGGACAGGGCGCACCAGUUACAGGACCAUAUCCACCACCUCCAGGAGCGAUCUCUCAUCCUCCACCGCACACGCAUCAGCAACCGCCCCAUCCGCCUCAGCCACGGCCACCAUCGUCGGAGAAUCCAUAUCCGACAGCACCUACCACCCUUUCUUCAGCUCCAGCAGGAGCACCACCAGCGCCAACUACCAAUGGUGUGGCGAGCAUACCAACGAACAAAUCAGAGGUACAGCCGAUGUAGUUGGUAGACCUAUCCUGGCCUCCCCUGGCCUCUUUCCCUCUGCUGAAUCCUACGAUUUCUUUAAGUUACGAGCUUGUGAUUAGCAUGGUUGUUCUCAUUUUUAUGGACAAGUUUUCACGAUCACAUGAAGUGUACAUAGUCUUCUCCUUAGGUUAUCCUCUCCUCGCAAUUGUUAUGAUGACUAUCAAGCAUCCUUCAUAUCAUCCAUCUGCAUGAUCAGGUAUAGGAGA